AUGUACCACAUAGAGAGAAAUGGCGACAAGCUGCAACCGAAAAUUACCAACCCAAUAAAUAACAGGUUAGUUUUAGAUGUAAUAAGUCAGUUGCUUGCAGAUAUACCACAAAUAGGGGAAAGUGAGAAUGGAUCGGAUUGUGAGGCAGAGUUGGACGGUCAAAUUUCACCGCAAGACAAUCCACUUACAGAACUCCCAAAGAAUGCUUCUCCAAAGCGGACUUUACAGAAAAGAGAUUUCGGAAUGCCCCAAUCACGCAGCUUCAUCUCACUUACUUCCAUCGGUUUGCCUGACGCUCAGAUGUCGAUGGUACCGGUCCAUUUAUUUGUCGGUUCAGCGGCAUUUGGCAAAUUGACUGUGGAGCAAUAG